UUGGACAAGAUGAUUCAAAUACCUGUACUUUGCCUGGCCAUGCUGCUACCGUCAGUGGUUCACUCAGCUCAGGGUCAGUACGCCCAGAAGCUCCUCCAUGAUUUGAUGGAAAACUAUACCAGUGCCCUGCGGCCGGUGGAGGACACGGACCGAGCACUUAACGUCACGUUACAGAUCACGCUAUCGCAAAUCAAGGAUAUGGACGAGAGGAACCAGGUGUUAAUCGCCUAUCUCUGGAUAAGACAGAAGUGGCAUGACGCUUACCUGAAGUGGAAUAAAGAGGACUACGACGGACUGGAGGUCAUCCACAUCCCCAGCAACCUUGUGUGGAGACCCGACCUUGUCCUCUAUAACAAGGCUGAUGACGCCUUGUCCGGACCUAUGGACACCAAUGUCAAGCUGCGUUACAACGGAGAGAUCACCUGGGACGCUCCCGCCAUCACCAAGAGCUCCUGCGUGGUCGACGUCUCUUACUUUCCCUUCGACAGACAGGAAUGUAACCUUACUUUCGGAUCCUGGACAUACAAUGGAAACCAGGUGGACAUCUUCAUGGGCAUGGACAGCGGCGACCUCUCCGAUUUCGUCACGAACGUGGAGUGGGAGUGCCACGGCAUGCCGGCGACCAAGAAUGUCAUCAUGUACGGCUGCUGCGCCGACCCGUACCCCGACAUCACCUACACCGUGCUGCUGCAGCGACGCUCCUCCUUUUACAUCUUCAACCUCCUCGUCCCGUGCUUCCUCAUCUCCUUUUUGGCUCCUCUCGGAUUCUACCUGCCGGCAGACUCGGGGGAGAAGGUUUCCUUAGGCGUGACGGUGCUUCUGGCGCUCACCGUUUUCCAGCUCAUGGUGGCCGAGAGUAUGCCUCCCUCGGAGAGCGUGCCUUUGAUUGGCAAGUACUACAUCGCCACCAUGACCAUGGUCACAGCCUCCACCUCCCUCACCAUCUUCAUCAUGAACAUCCACUUCUGCGGUCCCGAGGCCAAACCCGUCCCCCGCUGGGCAAAAGUCCUCAUCAUCGACUACAUGUCCAAGAUCUUCUGCGUGUACGAAGUGGGCGAGAAUUGCGCCUCUCCGUCCUCGAUUAAGGACGACCUCAAUCGACAAUGCAGCGCCAACGGCCAGGCGGGAUGUAGUCGAGAAAAACGGCAGGUUCCAAAGAAGCCCCAGACCCCGACGCCGCAGCAACACCCCAAAAUCAAGCCUCAGCAACACCUCACCAGGGCGGAGAGAAGCCUCUUCAAUACCUUUCCGCUCGGAAAGUACGAAAACUCCAAUGGAAAGAUUUCGUCAGGCGACUGUUGUAAAGAUGAACAAAAAGUUCCCUACUCCCCAAUGGAUAAAAAUCCACCUUGCUGCCCUGAAGACAAAAAACCCCUAAACCAAAGCCCAGUGGUAACGUUCGGUCCCUGUGUGUUCUGCCGUCACGGCAACGGCAUUUUCGGCGGGGACCCCAAAUUGGUGCGCAACGUCGAGUACAUCGCAAAUUGCUUCCGUGAGCAAAGGGCCACGUGCGCCAAGGGGGCCGAGUGGAAGAAGAUCGCUAAAGUGAUGGAUAGGUUCUUCAUGUGGAUCUUCUUUAUUAUGGUGUUCCUUAUGAGCAUUUUGGUCAUUGGAAAGGCCCCAUGA